CCCGACGCUGGGAGGCCGACAGGCCUGAGCCCGCUGGGACCCCCGGCCUCUCCCCGCCGUCGGUAGCGACGGCCAUCGACUCCAUCCUCCCGUCCACAGUCUGGGAGGGGUGGCAGGGGCGCUGGUGUUGGCCGCCGCGGCGAGGACGAUGACUAGAGGCCUGGCCGCAAGGCGCGCGUCCCCUUCCCACUAUAGUCCCUCCCCCGAGCGCGGUGCCGGAGCCUGUGAGCUAAGCACGCAAGCGCCGCUCCACGCGAUCAAGCCCCAGGCUCUGGCCGCCAUCUUGAGUGAGGGCAGCGCUGGACGCCCUGAUUCCUCCCCAACUCGUCUGGCCCUCACCCAACAGACCCCUCUGCUGUUCACUCAGAGGAAUAAAACAGUGAAAAUUACAAACCGUAAAAAGGAAGACAAAUCUUGUCUCCAACAUUUCAGAGAAGCAAGAUUUAACACAGCACAUUGAAGAUCAAUACAUAUUUGAAUUUGAGAACAAGAAUUUAAUAUUACAAUAUUAUACACUACUUUACAAAAUUAAAAUUUCUAUAUAAGGAUUACAUAUGUAAUAGUUAACAAAAUCUUGAAAUCACAUUUGGUGGUCCCCUAGAUAAUAGCUGUUAUGCAUCUUUGAUUAGAAGAAAUAAAUCUUUAUUCUAAUUAUUGCAAAACAGUCUAUUAGACUCAAUACAUUAAAUUAAAAACUGAAAAUAUAUGCAAAGUAAAAUAAAUGGUACUGCUUGAGUGACUAUUAGUAUGUCAGACUUACAGAAAUGUUAUUUUAAAAAUCCUAGAAAUUAGAAAAAUAGAGUACUUUUUAUGGUAGAACUGCCAUGCUCAGAUUUAAAUACCAAGAUUGCCCUUGUCUGUUACAUUAGUAGUUGUAGAUCUGUAGAAAAUUUAAGGAUCUUUCAUAAUUUACAACUGUGAUUAAAAAAAAUAUGGCAUAGUGAAAAUAUUAGUUGCUUUACAUCAAAAAGUAAUACAAGAUGAUAUGGCAGGUAGUGCCCUAUCGGGGG